CGGAUUGUUUAGGAGGGAAUAAAAUUCUUUCAUGUGGCAUACGUUAUUGAGGCUUAGAGCGUUCUAAAAUUCAUUGAUUAGCUCCUUUGCAGCAACAGCGUCGACCGUCGCCGUCGGCAAUGAGUUUGAACGCUUCAUUCAAUGAAAGGGCUUACUUACGACUAAUGCUACUCGCGCCGCCGCUAUCAAUAUACUGAGUCGCUGAACGCUAUGGCCGUUACCAAAAAUUCAAUGGAGACCGAGGAGGCUUCCUCAAAGGCUUUUACUCGAGCAGACUCUGAGGCCCUUCUCCGAUUGAUCUUGCGUAACAGUGAGCUGACGGCAACCCCGCUCGCGGCCGCGGCGGCUGCUAUAAUGGCAAAUCAAGCCGCUGCAGUGUCGGCUGCUGUCCACCACCACCAGCAAGUGCAGCAGCAGCAGCAGCAACAGCUGCACCAACAGCAGCAGCAGCAGCUUCACCAUCAUCAUCAUCCCGACCAGCCCAUGGACCUCCACAAACCCUCGACUUCAAUGGCCCUCCAAUCCCUCAGUACGAAAUUCCCUCUCCUUCCCCGGAGCCUUUCCCCGCAGAGAUCCCAACGACAAUACACGAUGAGCAUGUUCCCCGGAACUUCAACCUCACGCGUGACGACCUCAGGCUCGGAGCAAAUUCAGGUUCACCGACAAGCUGACGGUAGUCUAGCCUACAGCUGUGACUUCUGCGGUUUCAUGUCGAACAACCGUCACACAAUUCUCAGACACAGACGAACUCAUACGGGGGAACGACCCUACGCAUGCACACUCUGUAGCUACAAAGCAAUACAGAUGUGGAAUCUCGAGCAACACAUCAAACGAAGACACCCUCAGGCCGCACCUCCGAGUGGCAACGCAGGCGGUGAUCUCUCGGUGAACUCGUGCGCGCCGUAUCUUUACCGAUGUCUUCAAUGUCCUUAUCAGACCAACUACAAACAACGUUUAUUCGAGCAUACGUCAACGCACCUCGGAAUGAAGCCUUACUCGUGCUCUAUUUGCGGUUAUAAGUACUCGAAAAUGUCCAACUUGAGACGACACGUUCGUGAAGUUCACGAGGGCAUCAAGAGGCCGACGCCUCGAAAAGAUGGCGUCCGCAACAGUCCAGCUCAGAGCUCCAAGCUGGUCGACAAGGCCGCUCAGAUGGCCUACCCGAACGAGCCUUCGAAGAUGCGGAAAUCUCGACGGAAGGAACCGCUCGACCAGAGCACUAUAGAGCACGUUUGCGUAGUCUGUCAGUUUUCCACUGUUUUCUCUCUGGAAUUGAACGAUCACCUCAAAAGUCACUUGGACAACGCCGAGUCACCUCAAGACUGUACGUUCUGUGCCACGAAAUUGGAAUCUUGCGAUGCCUUAUACAGUCACGUCGCUCAAGAGCACUUCAAUCAGGAGGAUACCUGGACCAGAAUGCUAAGCACAUUCCGUUGCUCCGUCUGUGGACUUAACACGCCCGACUACUCGAGGCUAAGCAAGCAUAGCUGUGAGGAGCUAAUCGGCAUCGAUCCUCUCGAACCGAUUCCGGCUUCCGCGGUUUAUCCCAACAUGGAGAACCGAGAGGGAGCUCAGUACGCCUGCGAAGUUUGUCCGUACAUUACAUUCAAUCAAGCUAGCUUCCAACGUCAUCGCAACAAGCACCGAACAGGACCCGCCAUAAAAUGUGUUUACUGCGGCCGACCAAUGAUCUCGAAAAACUCUUACGAGAGUCACGUAGCUCGGCAACACGUCGAAGCGUUGCUGGGAACGAUCCGCGAGAAUAUGGAGGGUGUCAAAGUUAAAUGCAUGUUUUGCGAUUCACUCUGUGGUCCGAAAGGUCUCAACAAACAUAUCGACGUCGAGCACAAGAACGCCAAAACUUGUUUACUCAAUCGAAGCAAGGCUCAGAAGAAUUCGAAAGUCAUCCGAGUCGGUGCUUACAUCGGGCUCUACCGGAGAUCCAUGAGAAGCACAGAAUAUCUUUGCCUUUACCCCUCCUGCAAGUAUACGACGCAUUCGUAUUCCACAAAUCUGAGGAAUCAUCUCUUCGGGCACUUCGGUGCGAACCCCUUCAUAUGCGGCAAAUGCAAUUACAGGAGCGAGCGCUUCGAUUCGCUCAGAAAACACUGCCGCGUUCACACAGGCGAGCGCCCCUACGCCUGUCCGAUUUGUGGAUAUCGCUCGAAGACCAACUCGAACCUCCACGCUCAUAUUCGGACUCGUCAUAAGAAGCCUUCGGGGAAAACCGAGCAGAUGCCCAGCAUAUGCGCUCAGUACGAGAAUCUUCCCGAAGUUCCUCCGGGAAUUCCACCGGAAGAUCCGCCUGGGGCUUUGCCAAUCUCAACUGAAAUCCUCACGGUGUCGAGCUCGCCGGAUAGCGGUCUGAGUUGCGUCCAGGAACCCCCCAGUGUCGGUCUACAACAGCUGCUCCAGCAUAAUCCUAUCGAUUACUCCUUGGUUGUCCAGAAAUCCGUGGGGCACUUGGCAGAGUUUCGGCAUCGAGAAUCGUCAGCGUCGGGAUCGAAACACGUCUGCAACUUCUGCGGGUACUCGACCGUCUACAAGCACGUGCUCACGCAUCAUAUUCGCACGCACACAGGGGAGAAACCUUUCAAGUGCGACUUCUGCGACUAUCGUGCAACCCAGCGGUCGAAUCUCCGGAAACACAUGGACCGUCAUCUCGUUCCCGUAGUACAGCAAUACGCGGCGAUGGCCACACAGGCGGCAGCACAUGUUUUUCACUCGUCGUUGCAACCCGAGUGA